GGCCAGUGGUCCGUGGGAGGAUCGCCGUUAUAUUUUAUUUUAAGGCUCGUUUUCCAGCACAGCACGACACGGGUGCAAGUAUUUACCCUCCUUGUUCGGGUUUUGCUGCUUUAACGCUGCUGUAAAUCCGGGUGCUCCGGGGUUGAGGUCGUGGUCGGUGAUGGAAAGUGACAAAAUGGAAAUCUACGAAUCACUGGUGCGCUGGCUGAGCGUACUGAAUCUGUCCGCCCCGCACGAAACCGUGCAGCAGCUAUCCGAUGGUGCCGCCCUCGCACAGGCCUUGAAUCAGAUCGCCCCGGAAGUGUUCACCGAUGGGUGGCUGUCGAAGAUCAAAUCCGACGUCGGUGCCAACUGGCGGCUGAAGGUGAGCAAUCUGCGAAAGAUUAUCGAGGGCAUCUACGUGUACUAUCAGGACGAGCUAAGCUUGAACCUUUCGGAAGAGUUGCGUCCGGAUGCGCUGAAGAUCGCUGAAAAGUGUGACGCAUACGAACUGGGCCGCCUGCUGCAGCUCAUACUUGGCUGUGCCGUGAACUGUCUGGAGAAGCAAAAGUACAUCACACAAAUCAUGGAGCUUGAGGAGUCGCUGCAGCGCAACAUUAUGGCAGCGCUGCAGGAUAUUGAGUACAUCUGGCAGGGUGCCUCGCCGUCGCGAAACUCAAUCAACACCACCUCCAGUCUGGAUGUGAAGACGCUGCAAGAAGACCGAGACACACUGGCCCAAAAGUGUCACGAAACGAACAAGAAAAUGCUAGUGUUGAUCGAAGAAAAGUCGGCUCUGCAGCAGGAAAUCGUUAAACUGCAGGCCAUCGUUGGCCGGUACGAAAAUCCAAACCUGAUUGGCGACGAUGGCACCUCACUCGGACCUAUCCAGCUUGGAUCGUCGCGCUACAAUGAACUACGUAAGCUGGUGGACAGCCUCAAAGACGAACUACUGCAAGCGGAAACAGCCCGGGAUGAUCUGAAGAUGAAAUCGAUGAUCCAGGAAAAGGAGAUUGGCGAGCUGCAUGUCAAGAUCGAUGAACUACACACGGCAACGGCCGAGAUAGCACAGCUAAAGGACGAAAUCGACAUCCUAAAGGAGGCGAAUGAAAAGCUCAAGAUAUGCGAAUCGCAGCUGCAAACCUACAAGAAAAAGCUGGAAGAUUACAACGACCUACGGAAGCAGAUGAAACUGCAGGAGGAGCGCAGUUCCGAGUACCUGAAGCAAAAUCUGCAGUACGAGGAGGAAGCAAAAAAGUACGCUGGCCUAAAGGGACAGGUAGAGCUGUACAAAAAAGAAAUACAGGACAUGCACGCCAAGCUUGACGUAGAAAUGGGCAAGACGGUGAAGGCCGAGUUCGAUUUCAAUCAGUUGCAGGUUGAACUGGCGGCAGUACAGCGUGAAAAAGAACAUCUGUUGAGCGAGCGGGACUCGCUGCGGGAAGCGUUUGACGAGCUCAAAUGUGGCCAAGCGAUUGGGGCGGAUGGAGCUGGCCAUGGCGGAGGAGCUGGUGGAAACACGAUGUCCAAGGAACUACACUCGAAUGAUCUCCACGAGCGAAUCGAACGGUUGGAGCGGGAAAAUAAAGCCCUACGUGAGGGACAAGGUGGUCAAACGGCACUAUCGCAAUUGCUGGACGAUUCGAAUCAACGGAAUGAAAAGCUACGGGAGCAGCUGAAGGCAGCCAACCAAAAAAUUCUACUCCUCAGUCAACAUCACACGGACGACGGAAGUUCGAAGAGUGAAAUGGAGCUUCAGCUCAAACAAACGAUGGAUCUUGGUGGAGAACAACGGUCUUCGCAGAUUGACGAGGCACACCUCAGCAAUUUACACACGAAAAUAGCCAACCUUGAGGCAGCCCUCGCAGCAAAAGACCAGGAACUGCAGGCAGCUGACGUACGCUACAAAAAGUGUGUCGAAAAGGCGAAAGAAGUGAUCAAAACGCUCGAUCCACACGCGAUCAGUGAGGCACUCUUGAUGGAAAAAGGGCACAUGGCCAGCGAUCCUUCCAGCGGGACCGGAGUCGAUGGGGCACCAGCGACCGCCAGCAACACACCACACCGUCCACCGAUGGGGCAGCAGGAAGAACAACUGAUAGCGACCGCAUUCUAUCGGCUCGGUAUGGCCUGUCAUCGGGAAGCGGUGGAUGCCCGACUCCUCAGCGGCCCGGGCCAAAGUUUUCUCGCUCGCCAACGGCAACCGGCGGCCAGGAAACCAUUGAACGCAAACUUCGCAAAGAAGUAACUCGAUAUUAUCCUUCCAACACCCAGAAAGCGGUGGUGCGCACGAUCAUCAAUCAUCAAUUUGUGGCCGAAAGGUGCCUUAUUCUAGCGCGAUAGUCGAAACAGUAUCGUUUAGUGACAGUUUUCCACCACCCAGGUGGUCGAGUUUUAACAACCAAGCCUUCCAAAAGCGAGAUGAAUUUUAUGGAAGGGACUUCUUUUUACCUCUAUUUUGCGCUAAUUUACGGAAGGGGAAAUUCCGCUCCACAAGAUGACAUUGGGUUUACUUUCAACGAAAGUAUCGGGGUACGAGUGUCCAGAGUUUCUGUUUGUUUUUCCCCCAUUAAACGAGUGUAAUUCUUUGUGUAGUAUUUAUUUUACACUGCUAAUAUUUCCUUUUGCUAUUGUCAAGACUUGUAAUAUCGGAUUCCAAAUAUAGUAAAUAUAUUAUAUGUUUGACAAACACCUA